GCCCAAAGAAAAAACUAUGACGUCACACGUUUAUCAUCUUUCGCAUGAAGUAUUUUUUUACAUUUGUACUUAACGGCACAUCAACAAUUGAAUAAUUUCUAGUUAAAAUAAUGGCUUUUAAACCUAUUGAACCUAAACGAGAUGAAUUUCGUCGCUAUCUUGAAAGUUGCGGAACGAUCGAAGCACUUACAAAGGUGUUCUCUAAAUUGCUUGACGAAGAAAUUGAACCCGAAGAACCGUUGGAAUUUAUAAAACAAAAUCUCGGUGGCUCGCUUCUUCAAGCCCACAAAAUUGAAUACCUUAAUUCUGAAUUGAAAGAUGCCAGGAAAGAAGUUGGUGAAUUAAAAAAUAUUUUGGACAUGAAAAAAGCUCAGUUUAAAAAGAAUAAAUUAAAAUAAAAAAAAAAAACACAUCUCCCAAUUUAUAUUAUGUCCAGACUUCACCAUACCUGGUAUGUAUUUUUGAGUUGUCCAUUAACCAAAGUACUUGUAAAAAAAAACAACAGUCGCAUUUAUUUUAUCUUUUAGCUAGACUAAAAGUUUGAUAUAUUCUCAUAAAAAUAAAUAAAAUAAUAAACCAUA